AUGGGCUCCGAGGCCCUCCUAGCCUUCAUGCGCCUCUCACCUCUGAUAUCGCGCCUCGAAGCCAGCGGAAAACUCCAAUUCCUUGACCUCCCCGCCAACUACACGCUCAAGAACCGCGAGACCAUCAGCCAGAUGUUCACGGACCCGCAUCUUUACCGCGACAUCCUCGCGCCCGCCGAACACCUGCUGGUCUUCCAGCCUGACAGCAUCUUCUGCGCCAAUGCGCCGCACACGCUGAAUGAUUUCCUCCAUUGGGAUUGGAUUGGCGCGCCGUGGUCGAAGACCGCUACGUAUGGCGGCAAUGGCGGACUCUCGUUACGCAAGGUGUCGCAGAUAUUAAAGGUGCUGCAGAAGCAGAAGAGACCGGCUGGUGAUGGGGCGUUGGAGGAUUUGUGGUUGAGUAGCCGGCUUAAUGCAUUGGAGGGGGCGCAGAUGCCCAAUGCGAAUACGAGUAAGACUUUCAGUGUGGAGAGUGUGUGGGAUGAUGCGCCGCUGGGUUAUCACAUCGGGUGGUUGGGAGUGCAUCAUGAACAGAUUUGGGAUGAUCAGGGUCAAGUGAAUCAUGUUAUGGAGUACUGCCCCGAAGUCAAGAUGAUUCUAGGCAUGAAACUAGACAAUGAUAAACCGGAUGGAAUUCCUCGUUAA